GCAGUGGAGCACUUUUGGUCAGAACGGGCAGCGGCCAAUGAACAUUCAGAACGGUCAAUGGCUGUCAAGCGGUCAAAACGGCUUUAAUAGUCAGUGGCCAGUUAAUGGUCAGAAUGGACAAUUUUCACCAAAUGGACUGAAUGGACAAUUGUCCGUUAAUGGGCAGAAUGGGCAUUUUUCACCAAAUGGACUCAGUGGACAAUUGUCGGUAAAUGGACAAACUGGACAAUUGAUGGACCAGUCGCAUGUUCUGCCUAAUUCGUGGGCAAUUAAUGGCCAACAAAGCAACACCUUUUCAACUACUGACACCUUUGGCUCGGGAAUGCCGUCUGUAAACAGCGACCCCUGGGGAAUGUACAAACAACUUGCCAUGGAUUCAUCGCUCGGGACCCAGUCCGCUUCCAGAAAUCAGGGCGCGUUAAACCAGCAGACGGGUUUUGACAACGGUUUCCUUGCCGGUUCCGGCCAGACUGGUUGGACACCUAUUGACGGGUUCCGAAAUGAGAACCAAAACUUCAACAACGGAUUUACGUCACCAAACGCAGGUUCCGCAACGAAUUUUGGAGUAAACCUUCCACCGCGGACAGGUUAAAUAAAACUUGUCUGCCGUUUGCUUAUUUGUGCUUAUUGGAAGAAAGAACUCGAUGUGUAUUGAAUAUAUACUUACAUCGAAUAGAGCGUGAUUUGUCCAUAUUUUUACCUCACACUGAUAACUUGUAUCUUUACAUGUACACUAUUUAUUGUUAAACCAUACUUAUUGCAUACUUGUUUUCCGUAUCCAAAACUCUUUUUCUUACUUUGUUGUUAGUCUUUCAACGUGCAUCUUUAACUGUCUGUUUGUAUAUUGUUUUUUACCGU